CUUGCCGCACCACUCCCACCCCGAUCCUAAAGAAAAAAUUCCACUCCCACCCCACCAAACUCUCUCUCCACCCGCCGCUCCUUCUUCCUCCUCUCCAACCCAGCCGCCUCCGCCGCCCCGGGGUGCGACCUCGAUCCGCCCCAAUUAAACAGCCGGGGACCCGCCCGCAAGCGGCCGCAGCUAUAACCCUGCAUCGCCCAAGAUCCGGCCGGCGACACAAAGAAGCAGCAGCAGCAGCGGAGACGAUGGCGGCGGUGAAGCGCGCCUACCUUGCCGUCUACAACUGGGCCGUCUUCUUCGGAUGGGCUCAGGUGCUCUACUUCGCCGUGGACGCGCUGCUCCGGUCUGGGGACGAGGCCGUGUAUGCCGCCGUCGAGAGGCCGCUCCAGCUCGCGCAGACUGCCGCCGUCCUCGAAAUCCUCCACGGGCUCGUCGGGCUGGUGAGGUCGCCGGUGUCGGCCACGCUGCCGCAGAUCGGGUCGCGCCUCUUCGUCACCUGGGGCAUCCUCUGGAGCUUCCCCGAGGUGCGGACACACAUCCUGGUGAGCUCCUUGGUCAUCAGCUGGUCCGUCACCGAGAUUAUUAGGUACUCUUUUUUUGGCACGAAAGAGUUGUUUGGAACUGCACCAUCAUCGCUUCUAUGGCUUAGGUAUAGCUCAUUCCUGGUCAUGUACCCAACCGACAUCAGCAGCGAGGUUGGCUUGAUAUAUAUUGCGUUGCAGUUCAUCAAGGCAUCGGAGAAGUACUGCAUCAGAAUGCCCAACAAAUGGAACUAUUCAUUUGAUUACUUCUAUGCAUCAAUCCUGGUACUCCUAGUCUACAUCCCAGGGUGAUCGACGAGGUCUACUGUGGCCCGAUGGGAUUCGUGCUCUUCAACUACUCGGAGGCACACUUCAUCGUGAAGCCCCGCGACCGUGUCAUAGAGAUUAUCGUCCAGGUGAUUGCGACGCAGGAGGUCACCAGGGUGGAGGACCUCGACGCCAUCGUCCGGAGGUCACCGAGGUGGAGGACGACGCCACCGUCCGGAGUUCCUCAAGGUGGAGGACCUCGACGCUUUGUACAUACAUCUAGAGAAGUGGUCUAGUUAGGUUGGUGGUGAAAUGCUAGGGAAGCUACCAACCUUUUGAUGAUGGUUGUGUGUGUCCUCGUGAUCUCUUCGAAUUGAGAUGUUGAAUGUUGCAUCCAUGAACACUGCAAGUGUUAAGAUGGUUCUGUGAAAUUUAUUUUGCA